AUGGCUCAAGACCCACUCUCUUUGCCUUGGAGUCCCGAAAGUACGACAUUCCCUCUGCGGAAAGACCUGCCUAGCUAUUCUGGCCACCCAGCCGAAGCUGCAUGGGUAUGGGGAAAGGAUGACUUUGCUGGUCGCUUGAAUCUUCUGACGCCAGCAAGGGUCAAGGCUGCAGCAUCAGAGAUCAAAACAGGAGAACUCGCACGCGUCGACUUGCCCCUGAAUCUGCCUCGUGAGCCCGCAUUCGCCCGAGCGAGCUUUGUCCACACCAUCAAGCAAUGGCAGCCAGGUGUCGCCUACGAUGAUGAAAUAACAUUCAACACUCAGUCGAGCACACAGUGGGAUGGCUUCAGGCAUUUUGCCCACAAAGCCUCUGGAACAUUCUACAAUAACACCAAGGACGAGGACAUUAUCCAGGGGCCGAACGCCACGGAUCGAUGCUCAAUCCACUACUGGUCUGAGCAUGGAUUCAGCGGAAGAGGAGUUCUACUGGACUAUCGUGCCUAUACCGAUGCUCAAGGGAUGCCAAGGCACGAUAAUACCGCUGCCCAUGCAAUAUCCUAUGAUGAUUUAGUUGCAUGUGGCAAGUACCAGGGCUUGGAUAUUCGGCCGGAGGCACAGGGAGGGGACAUCAAGAUUGGUGACAUUCUCUUCAUUCGCUUUGGCUGGACACAAGACUAUCAUGAGAGAAGUGCACCUGAAAACAAAGCUCUGAGCGCGAGGGCUCCGAGCCAAAGGGCUUCGGCUGGGGUCAAACAAGAGCCUGCGAUUCUCGAUUGGCUUCAUGACUGUUAUUUUGCGGCUGUUGCAGCAGACGCACCUGGCUUCGAGAGAUGGCCGAGCCCAGAGAGAUAUUUGCUGCACGAGUAUAUCAUCGCUCUUUGGGGAAUGCCAUUGGGGGAACUCUUGGACCUGGAAAAAGUGAGUCGGCUGGCACAGAAGCAUCGGCGCUGGACGUUCUUCUUUUCCUGCUCGCCCCUGAAUACACCUGGUGGGGUUGCCAGUCCGGUCAACGGAACUGCUAUUUUUUGA